GUGGUGUUUGGAAUAAGGGGUCAGCGGUAGUAUGCUAAGUAGCGGGGCGAAAACUUCCAUUGUACACAGUGAGUGGCGUUUUGGCGGGACUGGCAAAUUUUCGCAAAAAUCCGCAAAAGUUUUACUUUUAUGAUGGGGGAGGAAGUUGUAGCAGAUAAAAUACAAGGAAGGUUUGAAGAAGAGGAGCCAGCGACUCUCAGUGAGCUUGCAGAAAAACGAGGUGGCAUGGUGAUGGAAUUCAUCAGUGAUGGUGAAAAGCCAUUUGAAUAUGAUGAAAGUGAAAACUCACUGAAAACAGAUAUUGAAACAUCAAGUGUCAAAGAAAAAACAUUUGGUUGUGGCCUAUGCAUCGAGAAGCUUCGGGUUGCAAGUUCAAUGAAAGAGCACAUUGAAACUAUUCAGAAAGAACAGAAAUGUGAUCUUUGCAGCCAAAUGUUUAGUAACCCCCUCGCAUUACAAGAUACACGAUUUCUGAAUCUCAUGUACACCAUGCAUUACAAUGGAGAAAAAAGGCCCUUCAAAUGUGAUAAGUGCUGGUGGUCUUUCAAAAAUCCCUCUGGGCUGAGAGAGCAUAUUAAGGCAGUACAUAACAGUGAAAAAUUCAAAUGUGAUUAUUGUGAAAAAGACUUUAAGUACGCAAAAUCAUUGAAACAACACAUUGAAGUCCAUUGUGAUCCCAAGCGGGUAAAAUGCAAUUAUUGUUGCAUAGAUCUCCCUUCUACUAGUAAAUUGGCCAAUCGUGUUGUGAAAAGACAUAGGGGUGAGCACAAGCCAGAAAAGUGUGAUCACUGUGGCAGAAGUUUCUUUAAACCUGGUGUAUUACAACGGCACAUCAAAACUAUUCAUAGUGGUGAUAAGCCAGAAUGGCAAAGCAAUGAGAAAUUAUUCAAAUGUGACAAGUGCGACAAGGACUUCAAGACUGAAAGGUCGGUCAGACGACAUAAAAGGACAGUACACAACAAAAGCUGUCCAAAACCUGCUGUAUCAACACAAGGCAUCCAAACAACGCAUGAUGAUGAAAAGCCAGAACGGCAUACCACUGAGAAAUUGUUCGAUUGUUGCUAUUGCAACAAGAAUUUCACGGCUGCACGGUCAGUCAGACGACAUAUAAGAGCUGUGCACAAGGAGAGCAGGUCAUCACCAGAAAAUAAAAAAAGUGAAAAAAAGUCUCUAGAAUGCCUGCGAUGUGGGGAAUGUUUCUGGAUUCUCAGUAAGCUUAAACUUCAUGAACAGAUUGUGCAUAGGGGAUAUCCCUUUGCUUUCCGUGGUUGUGGGAAUGGCUUCCUUAAACAAGAUGAUGUAACACACCAUUUGAAUGAGCGCAAAGAAUUGAGCAGGUAUUACAGAUGCAAAAAUUGUGGCUUACUCCUAUUCAGGUCACUUGCUCAGAAACGACUGUUUGAGAGAGUCCACAACAAUGGAAUACAUAUUGAGAAAGAACAAUGUUGCAAAUACAACAAUAUGCUUUUCAAUGUUGAGAAUUCUAAGGAUGACAAACAAGUACAGUGCAUUAAAACGCAGAAGUAUAAACUGGUGCCAGACCCCUUAAGACCAUGCAUAGUCAAUGCUGUUCCAUGCCAAGAAUAUGAAACAGUUGAAGAGGAAUAUGAAAUAAUUCCUCUUGACUUAGCUACCUUUGCAGAAAUGGAGAGUUUGAUUUCCAGACAAUUACCCUGUGGACAAGAGAAUUUAGCAACCUAACUUGCUUGCUGCUGAUUGAAGCCCUUCCCCUCAACCCAAAUUUGUAUUGACUAGUCUACGCCAUAAUUUUAUUUGUCCAAGGUGGGCUCAGCAAUCACAAAUUAAUUCUACUCAAUAAAGCAUAGUCCGCCAACUGAAACAGCCUACCUUUUCAAAAAAACAUUGUACAAAUUAAAAAAGAGAUGGGAUAAGCUCGAGACGAUAUAGUGAAAAAAUUAUGAGCAUAUUUUGGGCUGACAUGGCGACAACUUUGGUUUGUUCGACCUGACUGACAAUCUCCAGACUCACCAGAAGCUACCAGACUCUCUAACCUUGCCGUUUGCUAUAUUAGCAACUGGCGAGUGCAAAAACGUUUAUAUAUCCUUGUCGACUGUUAAUCCUGUUACGUGAAGCUACCUUAGUCUAACUUCAAACGUCAUAUUAUCCAUGAGCAGUAUUCAAUGCAAAUGCGUGCAAAUGACGAUGAAACAAUCGACUUUGAUUCAUUUGCACGCAUUUGCGCGUUUGAACUUAGCCUUAUGUAUGUUUUAGAACUGUUUAGAUUUUUAGACGUUUUAGUAUUUAUACUAAAUGCAUUUAUAAGGCAUGUUGAUGUAGAUUGUUUUAAGAAUGUGCCUUUUUACACAUGCCUCUAAUUUAUACUAAUUAUCAAGUUAACCUA